UCCUGCCAGCUCGGAGCCGUCAGUCCGAGGUCGGCAGCCGGCGACGGAGGUACGUCCUCUCCUAGCCAACAUGGCUAGCACGGUGAUCGGGGUGAUACUUGUCGUCUGGACCGCCCUGGCCGGAUGGACUGCGGCGCAGCAGCAGCAGCCGGCCGCCCUGCCCAGCGCUCUUGCUGACGAGGUGUUCACCAUCAUCGCAAGAGCAGUUCAGCAAGAGCUAUGGCCAGUCGUCAGUAAACUUGAGUCACAAGUGGAGUCACUGGACAAAACGGUCAGAAGGCACGAGUCUCGGAUGGAGUCGCUGGACAACAGAAUGACUCUGCUCGACUCUCGAGUGACGGAACUUACCACCAAUAUUUUGAGGAGCAGACAGAGUGAGCAGAUGGAUGAGCUGUCCACUCAACUGACUGGAAUCACUGCGAGACUCGAUAGCCAACAAUCACUACUGAGCGAGCUUAACACCCGGCUGAGCGAACAAAAAUCACAGCAAGAUGAGACCGCAGCCACAGUGAAUAACGUCACAGCGCAGUUGGGUGGCAUUGUUAAACAACAAGGAGAUCAACUCGCACAGACGUCUCAACUGGCUACAAGGCUCGACAGCCAGGAAUCACAACUGAACGAACAAAAGUCACAACAAGAGGAGACUGCAGCCGCAGUGAACAACCUUACAGCGCAACUGGAUAGCAUCGUGACACAGCAAGGUAACCAACUAACACAACUGGCUUCAAGGCUCGACAGUCAGCUAUCUCAACUGAGCGAGCUCAACAACCAGCUCAACGAACAAAAGUCGCAACAGGUGGAGACUGCAGCCGCAGUCAACAACCUCACAGGUCAACUGGAUAGCAUCGUGACACAGCAAGGAGAUCAACUCGCACAGACGUCUCAACUGGCUAGAAGGCUCGACAGCCAGGAAUCUCAACUGAACGAGCUCAACGUCCAGCUAAACGAACAAAAAACGACUCAGAGUGAGCUUUCCAUCAGAGUGGAUAACCUGGAUAACCUGACCUCCCAGGUUGACGUUCUAGGAUACAAGCUGACCGAAGCUAUAAACAACAUAUCAUCCCAACAGGAGCGUAUUGGUGACCUCGCCACAAAGUUUAACCAUCUUUCCCUUCCUCGUGAUUGCAGCGGUCUGCCUGUCGACUCCCCAUCUGGAGUCUACCUCCUUCGGCCCAGUGAUGGCAGUCAACAACCACCCGUCCAGGCCUACUGCGACAUGGAAACUGUCGGAGGGAGAUGGACGGUGAUCCAGCGGAGAGACAAUAUCGAGCCCCGCCAGGAUUUCUACCUGGGAUGGAAGGAGUAUAAGGAGGGAUUCGGUAACGUAACCCUGGAAUUCUGGUGGGGCCUUGAACACCUAUUUCAGCUGACAUCAUACCGCCAGUACGAGCUUCGCAUUGACCUCGAAGCGUUUGACGGCAGUCAAAGAUACGCUACCUACCAACAGUUCCGUAUCUCGUCUGAGGAGGACGGCUACACACUGAGCGCCUCCGACUACUCGGGAACUGCCGGGGAUGGUCUGUACCCGAGCGUCAAUGAGAAGUUCUCUACCCGCGACCGUGACCAGGACUCGUCUUUCCGUCACUGUGCACAGGUCUAUAAGGGGGCCUGGUGGUACUACGGGUGCGGGUACAGCAACCUGAACGGACGGUACCGGGACGGUGGUGAUGACAUCACUGGAAUAUGGUGGAGGACAUGGAGGGACGAGCAAUCACUGAAGAAAUCAGAGAUGAAGAUCAGACCCACCUAACUCAUCUACACACUAAGGAGGUCAUCACAGAGAUGUACAGUCGGUGUCACAAACACCGUGCGGCAGUAGCUCGGACACUAUAGCAGAGCCAAUUAUAGCAGUGUCAUGAGUCGGAACAUUACUACUAGUACCGUGAGCGUUUCUAACAUGUUGUGAGAGUGUGAAAUAUAGGAAACACGUUAUUUCAUAUCGCCGGAACGAAGUACCUUCCUAUAGGUGGGGACAAUGUAUCCACUUUCUGUACGUAUACACUUAUACAGCCCUGACCGCGUAGAGAAUCGCAGUUGCUGUCCAUGCUUGAAAAAUGUACUCUGUUGGAUAAAUAAACAAUAUAUAA